AGGCAGCUUCUACUCAAACACACCUAGCUAGAAAAAGAAUUGAACAAUCUGAAUAAAUGGAGAGGAAGACAUUUGGGCUCUUCUUUUUGCUUCUCAUCAUUGUAUUGGCUUCGCAUGUAGAAAAUGGAGGCGUGGAAGGAAGGGUGUGCAUAUCGCAGAGCCACCACUACAAGGGUCCAUGCUUAAGGGAUCACAACUGCGCUAUGGUUUGCCGAACUGAAGGCUUUUCCGGCGGAGACUGCGUUGGAUUCCGCCGCCGCUGCUUCUGCACCAGGGGUUGCUAAUGCUAAUGCUGCAUGCAUUAUAUUAUUGCAUCUUUACUUUAAUCUGGCCUGGUCUGGCCAUGAAUAAAUAAUAAAUUAAAUUUUGAUGGCCGGCC